GCUGCGGCCGGGAAAACAGACGCGUCCUCUGCCCCGAAGGAGCUCUGGUCCCUGUAAAAGAAAAGCCUCCGCCGGGACGUGGGGCAGCUGAUCAGGUGUUCGGGCGUCCUCGAUCUCUGCCUUUGAUGUGAAAAUGACCAAGCUGGGGUUUCUCCGGCUCUCCUACGAGAAGCAAGACACUCUGCUCAAGCUCCUCAUCUUGUCGAUGGCAGCUGUGCUGUCUUUCUCCACGAGGCUUUUUUCCGUCCUAAGAUUCGAAAGCGUCAUCCAUGAAUUUGACCCGUAUUUCAACUACCGCACAACCCGCUUUCUGGCGGAGGAAGGCUUCUAUAAAUUCCACAACUGGUUUGACGACCGAGCGUGGUACCCCUUGGGCAGGAUUAUCGGUGGGACCAUUUAUCCAGGCCUGAUGAUCACGUCGGCGGCAAUUUACCACGUGCUGCACUUCUUCCACGUCACCAUCGACAUCCGAAACGUCUGUGUGUUCCUGGCUCCCCUCUUCUCCUCUUUCACCACCAUAGUGACCUACCACCUCACCAAAGAGCUCAAGGACGCAGGGGCAGGGCUCCUUGCUGCCGCCAUGAUUGCAGUUGUGCCCGGGUACAUCUCUCGAUCCGUUGCCGGCUCCUACGAUAACGAAGGUAUCGCCAUAUUCUGCAUGCUGUUAACUUACUACAUGUGGAUCAAAGCCGUCAAAACUGGCUCCAUCUAUUGGGCAGCGAUGUGUGCUCUUGCCUAUUUCUACAUGGUCUCCUCGUGGGGUGGCUACGUCUUUCUGAUUAACCUCAUCCCCUUGCAUGUUCUUGUGCUGAUGCUGACCGGCCGCUUCUCCCACAGGAUCUACGUAGCCUAUUGCACCGUCUACUGCUUGGGAACCAUCCUCUCGAUGCAGAUCUCCUUUGUUGGCUUCCAGCCCGUCCUCUCCUCGGAGCACAUGGCUGCCCUUGGAGUCUUCGGCUUGUGUCAGAUCCACGCCUUCGUAGACUACCUUCGGAGCAAGCUGAACCCGCAGCAAUUCGAAAUCCUCUUCAGGAGCGUCAUUUCCCUGGUCGGCUUCGUCCUCCUCACCAUCGGGGCCGUGCUGAUGCUGACAGGGAAAAUCUCCCCGUGGACGGGGCGUUUCUACUCCCUGCUGGAUCCUUCCUACGCAAAGAACAACAUCCCCAUCAUCGCCUCCGUCUCCGAGCACCAGCCCACCACUUGGUCCUCCUAUUACUUUGACCUGCAGCUUCUCGUUUUCAUGUUCCCAGUCGGUCUCUAUUACUGCUUCAGUAACCUCUCGGACGCCCGCAUUUUUAUCAUCAUGUACGGCGUGACCAGCAUGUACUUCUCCGCUGUGAUGGUGCGUCUUAUGCUGGUGCUGGCCCCGGUGAUGUGCAUCCUGGCCGGCAUCGGGGUUUCUCAGGUGUUGUCCACCUACAUGAAGAACCUGGAUAUCAGCCGACCGGACAAGAAGAGCAAAAAACAGCAAGACUCCACCUACCCCAUCAAAAACGAAGUUGCCAGUGGCAUGAUCCUGGUCAUGGCUUUCUUCCUGAUCACCUACACCUUCCACUCCACCUGGGUGACCAGCGAGGCGUACUCCUCCCCCUCCAUCGUCCUGUCCGCCCGGGGUGGGGACGGCAGCAGGAUCAUCUUUGACGACUUCAGAGAAGCUUAUUACUGGCUGCGUCACAACACGCCGGAGGACGCAAAGGUGAUGUCCUGGUGGGACUAUGGGUACCAGAUAACCGCCAUGGCCAACCGGACCAUCCUGGUGGACAACAACACCUGGAACAACACGCACAUCUCCCGCGUCGGUCAGGCGAUGGCAUCGACGGAGGAGAAAGCCUACGAGAUCAUGAGGGAGCUGGACGUCAGCUACGUGCUGGUAAUCUUCGGAGGCCUCACUGGCUAUUCAUCUGACGACAUCAACAAGUUCCUGUGGAUGGUGCGGAUCGGGGGCAGCACGGACACGGGGCGCCACAUCAAGGAGCACGACUACUACACCCCCACGGGGGAGUUUCGGGUCGACCGCGAGGGCUCCCCGGUGCUCCUCAACUGCCUCAUGUACAAGAUGUGCUACUACCGCUUCGGCCAGGUCUACACCGAGGCCAAGCGACGACCGCCGGGCUACGACCGGGUGAGGAACGCCGAAAUCGGCAACAAGGACUUUGAGCUGGACGUGCUGGAGGAGGCGUACACCACAGAGCACUGGCUGGUCCGAAUAUACAAGACCGAGGAAGCCGUGGCCGUCAAAAUCGUGGACAUGAAGCGAGCGGCUGACUGCCCGGAGAACAUCAAGAAGGAAAUCUGCAUCAACAAGAUGCUCAACCAUGAGAACGUCGUCAAAUUUUACGGGCACCGGCGGGAGGGGCCAGAAGGCGCCACGCAGUACCUCUUCCUGGAGUACUGCAGCGGCGGCGAGCUCUUCGACCGCAUCGAGCCGGAUAUCGGGAUGCCGGAGCCGGAGGCGCAACGUUUCUUCCAGCAGCUGAUCGCCGGCGUGGUCUCUCUGCACAGCAUCGGCAUCACCCACCGCGACCUGCAGCCGGAGAGCCUGCUGCUGGAUGAGCGAGAUAACCUGAAAAUCUCCGAUUUCGGCUUGGCCACCGUCUUCAAGCACAACGGCCGGGAGCGGCUGUGACGCAAUAACCUUGCUGCGCUUGCUCCCUUGGCUGCAUUUUCCCCUUCCCAUUUUCCCUCUGCGCCGGUGCAGUAACGCAGCGGGUUUUCUCCUCCGGCAGAGCUGCCCUGGGACCAGCCCAGCGAUAGCUGCCAGGAAUACAGCGACUGGAAGGAGAGGAAAACCUACCUCCCGCCUUGGAAGAAGAUCGAUUCGGCACCUUUAGCCUUUGCAGGCGUCAAGCGGGCUCGCGUGUCCUCGGGGGGGGUCACCGACUCCCCCGGCGGCUUCUCCAAGCACGUCCGCUCCGAUAUGGACUUCUCGCCGGUGAAGAGCGCGCUCGGCGAGGAGAAGGCGAGCUACUCCACGUCGCAGCCGGAGCCCGGCACCGGCGGGGCGCUCUGGGAGAGCGGGGCGGCCAGCAUCGACAAGCUCGUGCAGGGCAUCAGCUUCUCCCAGCCCGCCUGCCCCGAGCACACGCCGGGCAGCUCCGCAGGUUUUACUAGCCCGUGGCAGCGGCUGGUGAAGCGGAUGACAUGCUUCUUCACCAAACUGGACGCCGACGGCUCUUACCGCGCCCUGAAAGAGGUCUGUGAGAAGAUGGGGUACGGCUGGAAGAAGAGCUGCACGAACCAGGUCACCAUCUCGACCACGGACAGGAGGAACAACAAACUCAUCUUCAAGGUGAACCUGGUGGAGAUGGAGAGCAAGAUUUUGGUGGAUUUUCGCCUCUCUAAGGUGGCUGUGGGUUUCAUUGCCUGCGAAGUGUACCCCGCCGGCUCGUUCCACCUCAACUUCCGCGUGCUGGUGAGACCCCUGCGUUGUGGGCUGCUGGCUCCGGUCAGAGGCGAGCUGUGGGGAUCUUCUCUGCCCUCCUUGUUCUCGGGUGAAGAAAAGGCGGUUCCUGAAUGCCUCUGCAAUCGCUCUGCGUCAUCUGCUGAAGCACUGAGGGACAAACGGAUGCUGGAGAUGUCCUUCCUCCUGGAGAGCGUCGUCGUAUUUUGCGUAGACAGCUCGUGUCCGAGUGGCAGCUUGCUCUAG